UCGUAACCCUCGAGUUUGCGAAUUAAAGAUGAAAUCAAUGGGAGAGUUCGUGAAGUAUUUAGGAGAAGGUGCUUACGGUUCGGUAGAUCUCGUUAAAUACACUCUAAGCGACGGUUCUUUUUCUUUCUUUCACGCCGCUGUCAAAGGCUGUUGCCAGAUGAACCACGACUCCCUCAAGAGAGAGUUAAAGAUUCUGCGGGAACUCAGAGGCUGUCCAAGAAUCGUUAAAUGCUUCGGAGACUCUCUGGAAGAAGGUCUAGGCUAUGGGAAUCGCAAAGUCUACAAGCUGCUUCUCGAGUACGCAUCCGAAGGGAGUCUGCGUUCUUUCAUGGACAAGUACACCGACAGGAAACUACCAGAGCCUCUGAUCAAAGACUUCACGCGGAUGAUUCUCGAAGGCUUGGUCUCCGUUCACGGUCACGGUUAUGUCCAUUGCGAUCUCAAAUCAGACAAUCUCCUCGUCUUCCCGUCGUGCGGAGGAGAUUCAUACGAGUUGAAGAUUGCUGAUUUUGGAAUCUCCUUAGAUGCGGGAGACAUUCCUGACUACUGGAGCAUCGAUUCCCCGUUCGUGGGGACGCCUUGUUACAUGCCGCCUGAGACGGUCGAAGACGGGGUCGCCAAGGAAACCCUAGACCUGUGGUCGUUGGGGUGCUUGGUGUUGGAGAUGUACACAGGUGAGAGGCCAUGGGAAGGGGUUGAUAUCGAUCUUCUCGAGGCUCUUCUGUUUGAUGGUAACGCUCCAGAGAUUCCCGAGAGUGUGCCUUGCGAUGCAAGAGAGUUUAUCGAAACGUGUUUCUCAAGGUACCCUGAGGAGAGAGGAAGCGCGUUCAAGUUGUGGUUUCAUCCGUUUCUUCGUCCAGAAAAAGAGAAGCAGCUUAUCGCCGUUGCCUCACCAGCUGUGAAGAAGAGAGAUUCGUUGCUGUUGAGAAUCAGAGGAGCUUGGAACAAAUCUACUCAUAUUUCAAAAAAGCCCCUGAAAGUGAAGUUUUUCCCAACAAAGGCCCCAAAGUUUAAGAGAAUUCUGAAUAGUCUAGUGAGGUUGAAGAUUAUGCCUAUGAUGAAACGCUCGAAUUCCAAUCUAGUUUCGGUUCAAUAGUUUCUGUUUACUUUUAGUAUGUACAUGUAGUUUUCAUGUUGAUGCAAAUAUUGUUUUCAUCUCCCAAUCUGUAUAUAUGUUGAUAUAAUUUUUUAGUGAACGAAAUA